ACCACACAACCACAUCUGAGCGGGAUAUUUCAUCAGCGACCACGGCAACAGCACCUCUACAGUCUCAGCACGUCAACCAGAAGACAUUAAAGGUUCUAAUCUGCUGCUGCAAAAUACCACGACCACAGACCUGCUGCUUCCUGUUCCUGUGCUCGAGUGACUGUUGCCAAAGUCGUCACACCUACACUAAAGGACCAAUCGUAACCAAGCACUUGGUUCACCUACCCAUCUGCUCAAAGUACUAUACUCCCAGACCAGUCACACGUGUUCUCAGCUGUGUCAAUCACACACACCCACACUAGGAGGAUUUAAAACACAUAGUCUGGUUCCUCGCCCACACACAGUCACAGCAAAUAUGGCCAGCAAGCUGACCAACAUUGGCAAAACCCUGCUGCGUCGCCGGGCAUUAGACUGCUCUGGUGAAGAGACCCGAUUCGCUCGCUGUCUGUCCACCCUGGACCUCAUUGCCUUGGGGGUGGGUUCCACACUCGGCGCUGGUGUCUACGUCCUCGCUGGCGAGGUUGCACGUGAAAAAGCAGGACCGGCUAUUGUCCUCUGCUUCCUCAUUGCUGCUCUGUCCUCAAUGUUGGCCGGCCUAUGUUAUGCUGAAUUUGGCGCCCGUGUCCCCAAAACAGGCUCUGCGUACCUUUACAGCUAUGUGACAGUUGGAGAAAUCUGGGCCUUCAUCACAGGAUGGAACCUCAUCCUCUCGUAUGUGAUAGGUACGGCAAGUGUGGCCAGGGCGUGGAGCUCAACGUUUGACAGCUUGGUGGAACAAAAGAUCUCUGACUUCUUUAAAGCUUCGAUGACAAUGAAAGUUCCAGGGAAUGUGCUGGCAGAGUACCCGGACAUAUUCGCCCUCAUCUUGGUACUGCUGCUCACUGGACUUCUGGCCUUCGGUGUGAACGAGUCAGCGCUGGUGAAUAAGAUCUUCACAGGCAUCAAUCUGGUGGUUCUGGGCUUCGUCAUUAUCUCUGGGUUUGUUAAGGGAGACGCAGCAAACUGGAACCUGACAGAGGAUGACUACAUCAGCUACAUAAACAGCACCAACGGCAGCGGAGCUAUGAAAGUUGAGGAGGAAUUUGGCACGGGUGGCUUUGCUCCGUUUGGCCUGACUGGAGUCCUGUCUGGUGCUGCCACCUGCUUCUACGCCUUUGUGGGCUUUGACUGCAUUGCAACGACAAGUGAAGAAGCAAAGAACCCCAUGCGCUCCAUACCUAUCGGCAUUGUCGCCUCACUGCUGAUCUGUUUUUUCGCUUACUUUGGCGUGUCUGCCGCUCUCACCCUCAUGAUGCCAUACUACCAGCUGAACACCCAGAGUCCUCUGCCUGAGGCUUUCACCUACGUCGGCUGGUCUCCGGCCAGAUACAUCGUAGCCGUGGGCUCUCUCUGCGCUCUGUCCACCAGCCUCCUUGGCUCGAUGUUCCCCAUGCCCCGCGUUAUCUACGCCAUGGCAGAGGAUGGGCUGCUGUUCCGUAUUCUGUCCAGGAUGAACGCUCGCACAAAAACUCCUCUGCUGGCUACCAUCGCUUCUGGUGUCGUUGCAGCUCUGAUGGCCUUCCUGUUCGACCUGGCAGCUCUGGUUGACCUCAUGUCCAUUGGAACUCUGUUGGCGUACUCUCUUGUGGCCAUCUGUGUCCUCAUCCUCAGGUACCAGCCAGGCAGCCUGAGUUCGUCCAGUCAGACAGAGAAGCUGGUGGAGCUGGUAGAAGGGGAGAUGAUCGCUGUGAGCGGAGGAGACAGCGGCGACGAGCAUGGCAUGGAGACGGAGGAGAGGCUGCUGCGAGAGACCUUCACCGCCAAGCUGCUCUUCUGCCCGAGCGGAAAGACCCCGACGCAGACCUCUGGGCACAUUGUCUACGCCACCACUGCUAUCAUUUCCAUUUUUAUCACUGUACUGUGCGUUUUCUUGGCAAACUAUCUCCCUGAGUUGCUGGCCGGGCACGCAGCUGUUGUGGCGCCCUGUGUCAUCUUGACUCUGCUCUGUGUUGUCUGUGUCAUCAUCAUCUGGAGGCAGCCUGAGAGCAAAGAGGCUCUCACCUUCAAGGUCCCUCUGCUCCCCUGGUUGCCCCUGUUCAGCGUUUUCGUCAAUAUCUACCUCAUGAUGCAGCUGGACCGGGGCACGUGGUGCCGCUUCGCCGUCUGGAUGCUUAUCGGUUUCGCCAUCUACUUCUUUUAUGGUAUUAAGAACAGCAGUGAAGCUGUCAAAAGGUCAUCCCCACGCAAAUACGAGCCCGCGCUGCAGACCAAGACCCCCAUUUACAAAGGCGCUCCUGACGACGGUGACGUGGAGGCGGGCAGCCCCUGAUACAGACUGACGCAGACCUGGGGAGUGUUGCCAGAGCAUCUGCACUCAUUUUGGCAGUCUGGUUGAACUGGCAGCCAAAUGCCACAAUGUUUGCAGCUUGGAACGCAGCCCUGGGUUUAAAGGGAGGAGAGGCAAGAAAACGCCACACACACACACACAUCUUACCUCUGACGUGGAGGCUGAUUAACUUGAUGGCUAGACACUGUGACAGAGCCACUUUCUGGCCCAUGUGUCUGUUUUAAUCUGUCUGUUUGUACUUAGCCUUAGCCCUCCGGGAGAUAUUUACCUGCCUAUAACACAUGCUUUGAAUGGACCUGACUAACAUAAGAGUACCGCGGUGCUCCUCACGAGGUUCUGUUUUCCGUUAUAUGAAGCCGUUAACUGGAAGAAUGUUAAACUUUAGCUGUUUCUUCUUUGCUCACCUUUUUUGGUGUGCUGUGGCUGUGUGUGAAGCCACUAACCCAAUAGUGGGUAAAAGAACUUCUAUCACUAAAAAUUAUGACUUGAGCCAGUGAGGUUACGAUCAUCAAGACGCUCGGAUCAGCAAGCUAGACUUUAUUAAGCAGCAGUCAUCACCAAGUGACGGAGCCUUCAGUAGAGUUAACGUAUAGUUUUAUUGGUCCUUGUUUAUUGUAUCUGUUUGUUUGUGUGUCAACAGGGUAGCACUGAGGCUGUGUGGUUUACAGAGUCAGGGCCUUGGCUCAGUUAGGUCAGUAGCACAGACAACGUUGAUGUCAUCUACACUGUACGUUUCAGUGUCUGAGGCGUUAGAACUUGCUUUUACAGGUCGCCCUCGCUGCUCCCCCUGCUCCCAGAAAACAGCCAUACAGUAAUUGUAAACAGCAGGUUUUUUUUAAACGGCAUGAUAUAGAGUGGUGCAGGAAUGGGUUAGCAUUUUAGCAUUCUCAUUUCCCUCGUCUCAGAAUUUUUUUGUUUUUUUAAUUGUUUCUUGGUUAGAUCGCCUAGAUAUGGUCAGUGUUGAACACAAGCGUAAGAGACUUCAAGAUUUUGUUCUAGACGUAAAAUGCACCAGUCAGUAAUCCACCCCAACUUUUUAAGCUUUUACAAUUUUUUUUUUUUUUUAAAAAAGGUGGUUGCUAACAAGUAGUUAAAUGGCUACAGGUUGUCUUUAUGCCAUACACAGCUUUAUAGCCUCGUUGAAGGCAUGCAGCCGUAGUGCGGCUCGUUUAAAGGUUAGCUUUUUUUCAUCUGCCGAUUGCAUUAACUUUAAAAAAAAAAACCUGUUCAUUAUAAAGAUAAUCUUGCCGAACAAAACAUAUAGGUGUCAAACUUUUGUUUGCACAGAGCUUACUUUCUGCAAUUAUCUCAAAUCAAAUGGAAAAUCCCGUUAGCUUUACGACAAUGAAAUAUUAUAUGUAAUUUUUCCAUGUUUGUCUCACAUGUAGACUGUGUUGAAAUGGUAUUUGCGGGCACCUUGUGGCCUUUGUUUCAACCUACACCGGAUAACUAAAAUAAGUUUAAAAACUUAUAACAGCCAAAAAAGUAACAAAAUACUUUCAACCCAUAAAGGGCAUAAAAAUACAGAAAUCGAAGUUAAAACUGAAAAAGCAAAGCAGGAGUUAAGAGAUUUAAUCUGCUUCUCUUUGUUAUUCCAAAACACACUUUUAUACACUUAUUUGCCCAUAUUUGUUUCAAUGCAAGUUCAUUCUAGGACUUUGUGGGCCUAAAUAUAAGUUUACUAAUUCCCCCUCAGUUACAUACUUGGACCUGUUUGCUUCAGGUGCUUUAAUCUCUCCACCUCUGGCUGAUCUGGGAGCUGUGGGAUCUGUUUCAAAACAAGGGGUCUUUUUUCUAUCACCACUAAAAUAUCUCAUUCCCCUUUUUGUUAUUUCUUUCUUGUGAAAAAACUCAGAAAGGUUCUUCUUUAGUUUCAAUUGAAACUCGUCCUCGGCAGCUUUAUCUGUUGAGUUCCCAUCACUUUUAUUUUAUUCAGCUGUAUAUUAUUUGUACUACUUUAUUUACUUCUGAUAGAACUGUUAAUAUUCAGAUAUUUAUAGUUUUGUUUGUUUGGGGUAGCUUUCUUUUGUUUCAUUUUGCCUUUUCAUAUCAGUCUCAAUCAUUUUAAUAUGCGUUGUAGAUGUUAAUGUAUUUUCAUUGUUACAUGUACAUUUUUUUAGGGUGCAAACCUUUUUUGCCCCUUGCUACAUCCACAUAUUUUUUUUUUUGUUGCAAAUGUCUUGCAUCUCCGAAAGAUUUAAUAGUGAUCCCUUCUGACCAAAUGAACAUGUUUUUUGAAAGUGGGCUUUUCAAAAACAAAGACUAACCACUAAAAGUUGGUCUCUAAAUUGUGUAAUAUAAAAAAAAGUUUACCCCAACCCUCUGGAGUCAAUAUAACUUAUUGUUAAUAGUAUAUUUUUGUCGUUUUAGUAAAGUGCUUUACUGUAGAAUGUACAGUAUUUGUUUAAAAUUGUAUCUUUUUUUGUAUAAUGCUGUAAAUUAUACAAACAAACUUUAACAUAUUACCUUGAGUAUAAUUUGGUAGAUGUUUUUUGUAAAUUACACUUAAAGGCAUUUCAUUUGACACAAUGCUGCUGAAACCCAAAUUACACAAAUCCAAGUCUCCUUUAAAGUUGAACAGAUCGAGUGGAUGCAAUAGUGAAGCAUUUCUGUAGAUGCUGUCACUAAACAGCUUCAGUUUUUGCUUAGAAAAUGCUCCCUCAUUUUAGACAUGUCAAAACUUAUAUAUCACCCAUAAAGUUUGUGGAGAAGGGAUGUACAGUAAAGGUAGAUUUGGAUUCAGCCAGUGUUUUUAGAUGUGAAUCAACAAACUGGUGCCUUCUGCCUGAGAAAGACACUGGGGCUGGUAAAACAAAGAGUCCAGCCGUACUUCUGACCAUCUCAUAUACGUAAUGACUUUCACUGGAGAUUCGAACUCUGCCUGGCAGUGAUAUCAUUUAAAGGCUGUGUGGCUGUGACUCGUGUCACACAGAACUCUUCAUACUCAGCCCUUGUGCCUUUCAAAAAUCAAUACUAUCAUCUCCCCUCCUCAAUGCUAUCUCAUUAACAGCAAUGACCUAUUUUUGUCUUUGUUUUAUAUCCUGUACAUAUGGCUGUCAUGUACAAAACGAGCUGUAUUUUCAAUGGUUUUUUAAAAAAAUAAAACAAUAAUUCAUGCUUGUA